AUGCACGUUUCCACCAUCAUCACCUCCCUUGCAAUUGCUAUGCUUCCCGCCGUGGCAGUUGCCGACUGGGCCGAGCUCAAGGAUCAGCUCAAGCUGUCUAGCUGUGGCACUGUGUGCAGCAGUAUCUUGCCCGCUUUCAGCAAUGACUCUUUCGAUGAUAUCUGCAACAAGCUGGUCGAAGACGGCUGCGCAAAGGCUAUGAUCACCGGAGAUAACGACGUGGGAUCUAUUGGAUUCGCCAAGAAUGGCGAUGUCAGCUGCGAUGAUGCUAAGCCUGCUGGCCAGCUUACUUGCACCAAUGCCUUCCGCGAGGUCGUCAGCUCCAGCACUGGCUUCGGAAAGAUCGGCGGUACCCGGUCUCAGCAGAAAUCCAUCUACAAUGCCGAUGGUGUGGAACUCGGCGCCAUUGCCAUGACGGGCGCCUGCCUUCCUAUUGGCGAGACCAAUGCCUGCUCCUAG